CUGCUUGCUUAAAUUCCCUCGCAACCUGACCGCUCCGGUUCGUUUAUCCCGUCAGUUUCAUGUUCUUUCCCGGGAUAAAAUUCUCUGAUUCUUCAAAGCCCUAGCACACCUCCCUAAUUCAACCCUCACCAUUCUUGUUUCACAGUUACUUUUUUCGUUCUAGGUCAACUAUGGCUGGAGUUCUCAGAGAAAGAGCACUGUCUCUCCUCGCCGCCGCUAACAACCACGGCGAUUUAACGGUGAAAAUUUCAUCUUUGAAGCAGGUAAAGGAUAUUAUACUGUCCAUCGAGCCAUCUUUCGCUGCAGAGCUUUACUCCUACUUGGUCGAGCUUCAGUCCUCCCCCGAGAGCUUACUACGUAAAUUGUUGAUUGAGGUGAUUGAAGACAUUGGAUUAAGAGCCAUGGAACAUUCUCCUCUGUUAAUGUCAGUUUUAUUGGCAUCUUUAAAGGAUGAAGACUCUGUUGUAGCAGGACAAUCAAUUAUUAGUGGCCAAAAAUUAUUUUGUGGUACUUUAAGAGAGAUGACAUUGCAGUUCCAUCAGCGGGGUAAAGUUGAUAGAUGGCUUGAAGAAAUGUGGAUGAGAAUGUUGAAGUUUAAAGAUGAUGUUUUGGCAAUUGCUAUAGAGCCUGGUUCUGUCGGGAAGAGGUUGCUGGCUUUGAAAUUUUUGGAAACAUAUGUUCUACUUUUUACGUCUGACACAAAUGAUCCACAGAAAGCUAUCUCAGAAGGAAAUGGGGAUGUUUUUAACAUUUCAUGGCUAGCUGGUGGUUUUUCUAUUUUGGAUCCAGUCGGGUUAAUGUCAGAAGCUAGUAGGAUGCUUGGUAUUCUGUUGAAUUUGUUGCAGACCAGUUCUGUUCCGGGUACAUACACAGUAACAGUUGUUAGUAGUUUAGCAGCUAUAGCAAGGAAAAGACCAGUUCAUUAUGGUCACAUUCUAUCGGCACUGCUGGAACUGGUUCCAAGUUUUGAGAUGGUAAGGGGGCGUCAUGCUGCCAGCAUUCAGUAUUCUAUAAGAUCUGCCCUUUUGGGAUUCCUAAGGUGUAUGCAUCCAGCUUUUGUAGAGUCAAGAGAUAGAUUGCUAAAGGCUUUAAGAGCUAUGAAUGCUGGAGAUGCUGCAGAUCAGGUUAUCAGGCAAGUGGACAAAAUGGUGAAGGCUGCAGAUCGAGCUUCGCGUGAUGCUUGGCUGGCCAAGGAUGAUCAAUCAUCAAUUCAGCAUAAUGCAUCAGUGGAUCUAACAAGAAAAAGACCUAGGCUUCUGGACGAUGAAGAACUUUCCAAUGGUCGUGAGGUUUCCAAGCAAAGUCGUUUUGGUCCAGAUUUUCACCUAAUCUCCCCAAAUCAAAAAGAUGGUUCUCUGCAGAAUGCCGUCUCUAAUGGGACAUCUGUUCCUGCGUUAGAUGUUGAAUUAACUCCAGCAGAGCAGAUGGUUGCCAUGAUUGGUGCCUUACUUGCUGAAGGGGAGCGAGGUGCAGAGUCGCUUGAAAUUCUGAUUUCAAAUAUUCAUCCUGACUUGUUAGCUGAUAUUGUCAUAACUAACAUGAAGAACUUGCCCAAAGCAUCCCCUCCUUUAACUAGGCAUGGGGACUUGCCUGUAACUCGUCAAGGAAGUAGUCAUGUGAAGGUUCUGACACCAUCAGCCCCAUUGAGUUCUGUGCAAACUUCAGUUGCUACUGCACAAGUUCCUUUUUCUUUGGUCACCUCAGCUGGUUCAACUUUGGCUGAGUCUACCGUCAAUAGUCUCCCUGUUGAUUCUAAACGUGAUCCAAGAAGGGAUCCCCGUCGCCUUGAUCCUCGCCGUGGAGGAGUAUCUUCUGCUUCUAGUGUGGAAGAGGAAAGUUCAAAUAUAUCUGAUAUUGACAACUCCAUAUCUUUGGGAAAAUCUGCUUCAGUUCCUGUUACUGCGACGAUCGAGAAUUCCUUGGUAUCUCCUAUAGCAAAAACGAAAGUUGAAGAAAAAAUCGUAGAGACCCCAUUCGACCUUGGAACAGACCAAUUAACCCCCAAAUCAAAUUCUCCUGAUAGAGCCAAGAAAGUCGAAACUAUAUUAGAAAUUAGUGCCCCUCUGGAUCCCAUGCCUUCUGCUGUUGGAAAAGCUGAUGAUGGUUUAGUGGCCGUUAAUUUGCUCGAUGACUCAGCGCCAAAGAGGGAUGAUACACCAUCUUCCAUGGAAUAUGAUCAGUAUUCUCCAUCAGUUACAAAUGCAGCUGCACCUGAAGAUACCUGCGAGGAAUUGCCUCUGCUUCCACCAUACGUUGACUUGACUCCAGAACAGCAAAUAACUGUAAGAAAUUUGGCAGCUGAAAAGAUAUUUGAUUCAUGUAAGAAUUCCACUGGAGCAGAUUGCAAUCAGAUACGCUUGGCAAUAAUUGCUCGAUUGGUUGCUCAGGUUGAUGCUGACGAUGAUAUUGUUCGAAUGUUGGAAAAACAAGUCGCUAUUGAUUACCAACAGCAAAAGGGGCACGAGCUUGCUUUGCAUGUCUUAUAUCACCUACGUUCACUUGAUAUUCUGGAUUCAGUUGAAAGCUCUUCUUUUGCUGUUUACGAGAAGUUUCUUCUAGUUGUGGCUAAAUCUUUGCUAGAUUCUUUUCCAGCUUCAGACAAAUCUUUUAGCAGACUUCUUGGUGAAGUUCCAACUUUGCCCAACUCUACAUUGGAACUCUUACGUAACCUUUGCUAUUGUGAUAAUGAUGACAACCACGGGAAUGAUACUCCUGAUAUUGACCGUGUCACUCAAGGCCUUGGCACUGUUUGGAAUUUGAUUGUGAAGCGGCCAUAUAGUCGGCAGGCUUGCUUAGAUAUUGCUCUAAAGUGUGCUAUGCAUUCAGAAGUUAAGGUUCGAGCAACAGCUAUUAGACUGGUGGCAAACAAACUCUACCGGUUAAGUUACAUUUCAGAUAGGAUUGAGCAGCAUGCAACAAACAUGUUCCUGUCUGCAGUAGACGAUGGAGAUAGGACAGAUGUAGUGCCUUCACCAUGUGUAUCAAUUGAACAAAGAGCUGGAGCAGAGGGGGAGAGUCAGGAAACAUCCGUCUGCGGUUCUCAAGUUUCAGAUCCUGGAACCUCAGAAUACGAUUCCAUGAGGAGUUCACAACCUACAGUUCGUAGCAGUUCAACCUCGUCACUUUCAGAAGCUGAAAGACAUAUUUCUCUUCUUUUUGCUUUAUGUGUGAAGAAACCUCGUCUUCUUCAGUUUGUAUUUGAUGCUUAUGGACGGGCUUCUAGAUCAGUGAAAGAGGCCGUUCAUGAACAUAUCCCUAAUCUUAUUACGGCCUUAGGGUCAUCUGAUUCUGAAUUGCUUAGAAUAAUUUCAGAUCCGCCUAAAGGAAGUGAACAUCUUUUAGCAUUGGUACUACAGGUGCUAACUCGAGAGACAAUGCCUUCUUCUGAUCUGAUCGCAACCGUUAAACAUUUAUAUGAAACUAAACUCAAGGACGUGACAAUUCUCAUUCCAAUGUUGCCCUCACUUUCCAAAAAUGAGGUUUUACCUAUUUUUCCUCGAUUGGUGGAUCUUCCAUUGGAGAAGUUUCAGAGAGCGUUGGCUCACAUAUUACAGGGUUCAGCACAUACACGUCCAGCUUUAACACCUGUUGAAGUGUUGAUUGCCAUCCACAACAUAAUUCCUGAAAAAGAUGGCCUUGCAUUAAAGAAGAUAACGGAUGCUUGUUCAGCUUGUUUUGAGCAACGUACAGUUUUCACUCAGCAGGUUUUAGCAAAAGCCUUGGGCCACAUGGUUGAACAAACCCCACUCCCUCUUCUCUUCAUGAGAACUGUGAUUCAGGCAAUUGAUGCUUUUCCUACUCUGGUUGAUUUUGUUAUGGAGAUACUUUCCAAACUUGUAAACAGACAGGUCUGGAGGAUGCCGAAACUGUGGUUUGGUUUUUUGAAAUGUGCAUUUCAGAUGCAGCCACAUUCCUUUCGAGUACUAUUACAGUUGCCACCGCCACAACUUGAAAAUGCUUUGAACAAAUAUGCUAACCUUAAAGGUCCUCUUGCUGCUUAUGCCAGCCAGCCCAGCACAAAAUCUACUCUCUCUAGACCGAUGCUCGUAGUUCUGGGUCUUGAAAAUGAAAGGCAUUUGUAGAGAGUGCAUUAUGUUCAUCUUGUAAAGUUAGGACGAAUAUCAUUGGUUUGCAUAUCAACUCCGGAGUGGUGAAUGAGUGAGCCUCGAGAACUUGAGAAUCGACUAAUCAGCUCUUUGGAGUACGAGGGCGACUUUUCUGCAAUCAUGGUCCCAGCCAGCUUUAUCAAUCAUCCCGUGGAAGCUCGGUCGCUUCGAACCAUAUAACCCACCGCAGACAAUCAAUUUGAAAUCCUUGAUUAUCGGUCUGUGCAGCGGCAUGUGAACCCAGUGAUUUGUGUCCAGAGAUGAUUCAAAAGAGUCCAGCUUUGUACCUCACCAACAGCCAUCCCCAUAUAAAAUGAGGGGAAGGAAAUGCUGAUUCUGCGUAGGUGUAAAUAUCUGCAUUAAGGAGUUCUUAGAAAUGUAAUGUUUUUUUUUUUUUUUCCAUUUAGUUCUUUCAAGAUUUUGACAUUUUAUGUACAUUAGUUCAGUUUAGUCGGGUAGCUCGUAUUCGAACUUCUUGUAACGGGUGCUGCCCGGUAUGUAAGUUUGGUGACAUUUUGUUCCCUGUACUAUAUAGUAGCCUUUGACUGUAACCAAUUUUCUUCUGUUCCACCAUUUAAUUCAGUAUGGUUUCCAAGCUUA